GGUGAGGAGGCCUGGUGUGUUACAGCAGGACAGUAGUAAAGUGUGGACAGGAUAUGCAGGACUGGAUCUGGAUGUUUUGCAGAUGUUCCUCCAUGCUUUAACACAACAGAUCUAUCAGUGCAGAGCAAGAAAUGCUGGGCUGGGAGUGGUGGUUGUGUGUGUAUGUGUGGAAAGGGUGUGUGAGUAUCUGUCCACUUGGGUAAAACGUGAGUGUGUGUGUGUGUGUGUAGUGAAGGAUGAGGAUGUGUGUGGACCUGUGUGGAGGAAAGCGAGGUGUGUGUGAGGGCCUACAGGUAAAGAGGCUUCUGCGCUCAGCUGGACAGUGUGCUUACCUGCAGCGAGUUCAGCUCAUCAGAUUUGACCUGAUAGACUCUAGACAGGACACACAGGACCCAGUGCAGGAGUGGGGUGAGGAGGUGGAGGAUGGUGUUGUGUACGGAGUGGCGCUACACCGCAUAUGUGAUCUUGAGGAUCCCACUGACCCUGCCCCCUCCUCUGAGCCCUGUCCCCAAAGCUGUGUACAGUAUCGGACGCUGAAGGUCCGGCGGCUCAAGGCAGCCACUCUGCAGAGGUUGGUGAGCGAGCUGGUCCAACCGGAGUGCAGCGACCCGGAUUACCCCCGAAUCUUUCUGUCCACCUAUAGAGCCUUCACCUGCACCACCUCACUCGUACAGCUGCUCUUCCAGAGGGAAGACUCCAUCACUAACCUGGACAGCAGUGUGUGUGUGAGGAGCUCUGUCCCUGUGCUGGUGCGCUUGUGGUUGGAUGAGUACUGGGAGGACUUCAGAGAUGCUCCUCAGCGCUCGGCUCUCAGGCUGCUGUGUGCUCACCUGCGUCACCGACUGUGUUUCAGACGCCUCGCCCGGCAGGCUGAAACUCUGCUGCACACACUGCAGGAGGAAGACAAGCGUUCCAUCAGUGAGCAGUCAGAGCUCAGCAGUGGCCCUGCAGUGGAUGGGAUCAGUGGUAAAGAAUUGACAGGGUCAGACCAGGCCCAGACCGAAGGUUUACUGAGCUUCUCCGCCCGGGACAUCGCAGAACAGCUUACACGACUGGAUGCUGAUCUGUUUGUGAAAGUGGUUCCGUUCCACUGUCUGGGCUGCAUUUGGUCUCAGAGGGAUAAGAAGGAAAACCGGAGUUUGGCUCCGACAGUCCGCGCUACCAUCGCCCAGUUUAACGCAGUCACCAACUGGGUCAUCACCUCCCUUCUGUGUCCGAACUCAACCUCCACACCCAGCUCUCCACAAACACCCCGCUCACCCAAAUCAUCUUGCUUGCCCACACCACCCCAAUCGCCCAAACCACCCCGUUCACCCAGAUUAGCCAGAAUGUGCCAAUCAGCGCUUUGCCUGCUCACAAGCCCCGCCCAGCGCGCACGGAUCAUUGAGAAGUGGAUCUCCGUAGCUCAGGAGUGCCAUCAACUGAGGAAUUUCUCCUCCCUCAGGGCGAUUCUCUCCGCACUACAGUCUAACUCUGUGUACCGCCUCAAAAAGACAUGGGCAGCAGUCAGCAGGGAGAGUGUGGCCGUCUUCGAGCAGCUAUGUGAAAACUUCCCUGACGAAAACUGUGUCCUGACCACCAGAGAGAUCCUGGAGGAUGGGAACCAGACGGAUGAUGGCUGCCUCUCCAAAGCCCCUAAAUCCCCCAGACUGAGCCCCAGACACACGAGCUGCAGUACUGGGGAGGUUCCAUACCUGGGCACGUAUCUGACAGCUCUGACCAUGCUGGACACUGCGCUGCCGGACACGGUUGAGGGAGGCCUGAUCAACUUUGAGAAGCGAAGGAGGGAAUUUGAGAUUUUGUCUCAGAUUCGGGUGCUACAGGCAUCCUGCUCCCUGUAUUCUUUCCCCACGCACCCUUCCAUCUGCUCCUGGCUCAGGAGCAGCACUCCCCUCUCCGACCAGCAGAGUUAUAAUUUGUCUCGAGAGCUGGAGCCUCCAGUGGAUCCAUGCCCAAAUUCUCCGAGCUUCUGGAACCAGCGUCUCAUCGCCAAGAAGAUUACCUCGUUGCUAAGCAGCAGUGAGAGAUCUAAUGCAGAUCAGAUCAGUGUGUCUUCCUCCGGCUCCAGUGGCUCGGAGAUGGACGACCUCUCCCCUCUCCGACAUAAACCUCAGUGUGGAUCCUUAAACAACAUUUCUGAAGACCCCACUGUCUCGUCUGUCCAGCAGGACCUCUGUUCCGAUGGUGCAUCAUCAUCAUCUUCGUCUUCAUUAUCCUCCUCCUGCUCUGCCCCCUCUCCCCACCCCGCCUUUAAUAAGCAGGUGGGCGACUCCUGCAUCAUCAGGAUCAGCAUGGAGAUAGACCUCGGCACCAUCUACAAAAGCAUCCUGAUAACCAGUCAGGAUAAGACGAGUCAGGUGGUGCAGAGAGCUCUCUCCAAACACAACCUGGACAACCUGAGCUCGAACGACUUCAGCCUCAUCCAGAUGCUGCCUCACAACAAAGAGCUGCUGUUGCCGGACAAGGCGAACGUGUUCUAUGCCAUGUGUCCCUCAGCAAGUUACGACUUUGUGCUUCGUCAGCGCUGGAAAAGCCAUGACAAAGCGCCGGCAACCUGCUCCAGCCCCGCAGCCGUGCCUCGAGGUCGCCAUGCAAAAUGACAUCAACGCCUCUGAUGAUAGCGAUGUUUGGAAUAGGGCUUAAAAAGGCCUCAUUAGAAAAUCACUCGAUGAUGCUAACAGCACCACCUCUGGUUUUGAAGCCUGACUGACUUACAACUGACAAUGAAAUUGUGUUCAUUUGUGCAGGACUUCAUUAAGCUAUUAGAAAAUGCAGUAAGCUAAGCGACAGCACCACCCGUGGUGUGGAAAACUCAAUACACAUCCAGGGCUUUUUGUUCUCUUCAGAUGUUUCACAUCAGUACUAAGCUAAGCUAACACACUCAGUUUUGAACUGCACUCACUCUGAUGUUCACUAAUGUCUACUCGGAUGUUGCAGUGCCUUGUUAAUGGACAUCUGAUUUUAUAAUGAAGUAGAAACAUGAAGGAUUUGUGAUGAAGCAGCUGUAUGGAUUAUCUAUGACUGCUGUACUAUAAGAGUCUCUAACUAAGUUAGAAGUGUAGAGCAUUUAAUGUAUUUUUGGAAUCUCCUGGAAGGUAUAAUACUAUCCCUUGCCAAGUUUUAUUGGCUUUAAUAUGAUGAAUUCAUGCUUUUUAACAGUGUUGCCCUUUAACUGAAACAUUAAUAUAGAUAUUUAUAUGAAUAAUUUUCUCAUAUGUAUUAAUAAUACAAAUAAUAAUAAUGGUGACUAAACUACAGAGCUAAUAUAUUCUUUGAAUGAAAGUUAGAAUGUUUUAAGUAGUAGUUUAAUAAAAACUGCUGCAUUUCAGUGUUAGUGCUGCGAUUUUUUAAAUGCAGAAGUGAUUGUAUUUAUUUUAAUAUCUGUGGAACCACAAUGUGUUGUGUUUUUGUCUGUCCAGCUGUGUUCUUUUGUGUUGGGUCUCUGUACAGCUGCAUAUCUAGCUGAAUGUCAUUAAAGGCACCAUACAGAGAGAUUUCUUUUAAAAGCUCAUUACGCAGCAGCAGCAGCAGAACAGCACUGUUUUACAGAUGAGUCUGCUGCUUAUUGUACCUUUUAACAAACCAUGCCUAAUCACACAGCACUUCAUUACAAGUGUUAUAUUUAUUUUUACAUGAUAUACUUCAUGUUUAUCAAUAUUCACCUUGUCUCAUAACUAACAUUCACAUAAAUGUAAGUUAAAAUGUACUUUAAGCUGCCUGUAAAUAAUUCUGUUUAAUCUGCCCUGAAUCAGAAACAUCAGAUUAAAUAGUAAAGUGGAUUUCCAUACAGCUUUCAAAAUGUUUUUGAUUAUGAGUAGUUUUAAUUGAGUUAUUAUACAAUAUAAAAUAAUUAAACAGUUAAGAUGAAACAAAAUAAUUCAGAUAAGUUUGGUGUGGGCUUGUUCACAUUGGUGUUGAAAUUAUCACCUCCAGCCACACUGGGAUAAGACUGCUCUGGACACCCUGCUCUUCAUUAAGAAUGUAUUUAUUAUAACCCCCACUCAACAAUUAUGCAGAAAUUGAAAAUCAUUUGAUGGAAUUCCUUCAUGUUGUGUUUGUGUAGCUUACCACUGGUCCGCCUUUAUGACUAAAUUCCAACUUUUUUUUUUUUUUCUUUUCAUUUUUUGUUUUAGAUUUUAUGGGAAACUGUAUUUUAAUGUUCUCUGGUCUUCAGUCUGCUCUCUGUUCUGUUUACACUCAGCACUUUUGAAUUACAUUUAAAUAAAUUAAUUUAGUUAA